CUUUUUCCCCUCUCCUUCUUUUCCCACCAGCUCCUCGGGCACGCCAUCUUCUACCCGCAGUGCCCGCUGGCCAGUGCACUUCACACUCCGCGCAUAAAUCGCCCCUUUCGCCUCCGCUCGCACCUUUCGCAACACCUUUCUUGCUGUUGAAAGGACAAUUCUCCCCAGCGCACGUUCACCAUCAGAUUCACUAUUUAUAAUCGAUAGACAGCAAUCGCCACCCGUAACUGCUAUAUAGAUUCGCCCAGAUCGAUCCCGUUUCUUUUCCCACAGCAACACACUCGCAAUGUCCGCCCAAGACGCCCAGCCAGUCGCUGCCCCCGACUCUACCCUCCAGACUCCCGCCCUCUCUCCCUCCAACUCUGCUGGACCAUCUCCCGCAUUCUCGACUCUUUUGCAAUCUCCCGCGGUAUCUGAAUUUAGCUUGGAGAAUGAGAACCCGUUCGAUCGACUUUCUGCGGUCAACAAGGAGGUGAUGCCAGAAUGCUGGGGCCACCGAGGUGCUAGUGCUUCGUUCCGUGAGUCGUAGUCUUGCUUGCCCUCCUGCCUCAUCACUGCCAUCACUGGUCUCGGUGUUAUCGCUCUCGGCCAUCACACUUUGGAGAUACAGAGCCGACCGAGAACGCUUGCUGAUGUUUGCCCUUCGUGCUGCCCUACCCCGCCAAUCCUUUGUCCCUACGUCUGACAUGUGUCUUUCCAUCACCGAUUGCCCCCAUCUCUCUUAUCGGCCUUGUCUAUUGCUUCUCCCGACGCGUCGCAAUAUGCAGCCGAGAACACCAUCGCGUCCUUUGUGGAGGCUUGCAAGGCUGGUGCCGACGGUCUCGAGACUGAUAUUCACAUGACUACCGACAAUGUGCUCGUUAUGUUUCACGACCCCGAGCUUGAGAGGACUACCGAUGGUGAAGGGCGUAUCGAUAAGCUCCCCUGGAAGGGCGUCUUGGAGUAUGUCGGCCCUUGCGCAGCAUGGCCAGUUUCUGUACGUAAGAACCAAGGACAAGCCCCACCAGCCCAUCCCCCAGUUCACACAAAUGAUCGAGCUUCUCCUACAGCCCGCAAACUCUCGUGUCAAGAUCAACCUUGACCUCAAAGUUGAGAACGACCCGGUACGACUGUUUGGGCUCAUCAAGAGCGUGCUCGAGAGCUAUGAAGGUUGGCAGGAAAAUUUGGCGCCGAGGAUCAUCCUUGGGAUCUGGCAUCCCAAGUUUAUCGUCCCCGCUACGACCAUCCUCCCCUACCUCCCCCGCUACGCCAUCUCCAUGGACCUCCUUCAGGCCCGCAAAUACUUCUUCACCUCCUGCCAUGGUUUCUCCAUCCACUACCCGAUGCUUGCUUCCAAUGAAGGCGCCAAAUUCCGCAAGGAAUGCAAGGCAAAUGGGAAGAAGAUCUGUGUGUGGACGGUGAAUGAUCCGGAGGAGAUGCGGAUGUGUGCGAGGUGGGGUGUGGAGAGUGUUAUCACCGAUAAGCCGGAUGUCUGGAGAACUAUCAAGCUUGAUAUUGAGACAGAUAGGGCCAAGGCGCUUAAGCCUACGCUCCAGACUUACAUCAAGCCUUUCCUCUCCAAGAAGAAUUGGUGGUUCGACUACCAACGUCUGGCGCGUGAAGAGACCGAGUACCUCGAACGCGAGGCUGGUACUUUCGACAUCCAAGUCCCGCAUGUCGACAUGGGCAUUGCCGACCCCAACGAAUAACCCGAGCUGCUUUUGACCCUUUCGAAAGCUCGACUGGGGCAUCUGUUGGGCUUGCAGUUCGUUGCAUUGUGUCAGUUGUAUAUACGACAUCAUUUGUCGCCUUCACAUGUUCUUUUCCUUACUAUAGUACCCCUUCCUUGUUUAUACUCGUAACGUCUAACGAAGUCUUUCGUCUCAUUCUUUUUCUAUCUCUUAAUCACUACCAUCACCAACACUAUCAUCAGUAUCUGUAUACAAUCGUCCCCUCCCAUCCAUCAUAUUGUGCACUUUCAAACAUGAACAUUUGAAGUAUCUCUGCAGGCUGUCAAUAAUCGGC